UAUAUAAUAAAUAAAUAAAUAUAAAAGGUAGCAGUAUAAACUAUAAAGGGGACUAAAAGAGUUCACAAGUAACAUAUGAAUCUGGAGCUGUCAGUCAGGCAGCUGCUACAGAUUCAAGAAGAAUAAUGAAACAAAUAUGUGAAUAUGAUUGGUUGUUAUCUAUCAUACUUGUAGUUGUGUUGUUGAUUUGCAAAUGUGGAAAUGCACAUGAAUUUGAUACUACUUAUAAUGGAGAACAAGAAGAUCAACAUUUCUACUAUAAUAAUAACACAACAACAAGAAAACAAAUGUUGUCAUUUAUAGAAGAAAACCAUUACAAUCAAUCUGCUGUUUCUAAUAACCUUCUUUAUGUGGGUCUUACUCUUAUUCCACGCGCUGCUGCUAUGGGAGCUGUAUGUUUGGAUGGAACAAUACCUGGGUAUCAUUUACAUCGCGGAUAUGGUUCCGGUGCAAACAGUUGGCUCGUUCAUUUAGAGGGUGGAGGAUGGUGUAACAGCAUUAGUUCAUGUGUUUACCGUAAAACAACAAGGCGUGGAUCAUCAAGGUAUUUUGAAAAACAGUUGGCUUUUACUGGAAUUUUGAGCAACAAGGCUCAAGAAAAUCCAGAUUUUUUCAAUUGGAAUCGUGUGAAGGUUCGUUAUUGUGAUGGGGCCUCAUUUACUGGUGAUUCUGAAGAUCGGGCUCACAACUUGCAAUUUAGAGGACACAAGAUAUGGUUGGCUGCCAUGGAGGAGUUGAUGUCAAAAGGAAUGCGAUAUGCUAACAGGGCCCUUCUUUCAGGAUGCUCAGCUGGUGGCCUCGCUUCUAUUUUACACUGUGAUGAGUUCCAUGGUUUAUUCUCAAGAAGAACAAAAGUCAAGUGUUUUGCUGAUGCUGGCAUGUUCAUGGAUGCGCGUGAUGUUUCUGGUGGACGUACUCUUAGGAAUAUGUAUCAAGGUGUUGUUACUCUACAGGAGUCUGGUAAAAGCUUGCCAAGAAGUUGCACCAACCACCUUGAUCCAACUUCUUGCUUCUUCCCACAAAACAUAGUUUCAAAUCUCAGAACACCAAUGUUCCUCCUCAAUGCGGCCUAUGAUUCUUGGCAGAUCCUUGCUAGCUUAGCUCCACCUUCGGCAGACCGUCGUGGUACUUGGAAGGCAUGCCAAAAGAACGUUGCAAACUGUUCUCCUUCACAGAUAAAUUUCCUUCAAGGAUUUAGAAAUCAGAUGCUGAAUUCAGUUAAAAGAUUCUCAAUGUCCAAACAAAACGGUUUGUUCAUCAAUUCCUGUUUUGCCCAUUGCCAAUCAGAAAGGCAGGAUACAUGGUUUGCUGAUAAUUCCCCUGUUCUUGGAAACAAGGCGAUUGCACUGGCUGUUGGAGAUUGGUUUUUUGACCGUGUGGCUGUCAAACAAACUGACUGCCCGUAUCCCUGUGACAAAACAUGUCACAACCUGGUAUUCAGAGCAUAAUGGCAACCGGUUGAUGUCAUGUUCGUAGGCUAAUUAUAUCAUUUUUAAUAUAUUGUUACAUGGAUAUUUUUCAUUAUUUAACUUAUAUUGUCGUAAUUCAUUUAUUCAAUCUCAUUGAAUUUAGAGAAGAAUACACAUGUAAGGGGAAUAAUAAUUGGUAUAUAUAUAUAUAUAUAUAUUAUAUGAA